AUGGAGGUGAAACGUGCCGAACCAAGAGGCCAGCACCAGCUGAAUCAUAACCAAGGCUACCACCAGCAACAGCAGCAGCCCCCACAGCAGCAGCAACAGCAGUUUAACCCAUACAAUACAUACGGUCAAUUCCCCAUGCAAAUGCCUGGAGGUAAUAACAUGCCCAAUUUCCAGGGUGCUUCUCCAGAAAUGAUGCAAGAGUAUUGGCAAAGAAUGCAGUGGUAUAUGUUUCAGCAACAGCAAGCUGCACAAGGCGAAGGUAACCAACAAGAUCAGCCUCAUCAGCAGCCUUUGAACCCUCAACAACAAGGUGCUGAGGAUAACGAGGGCGAAUACGAACUGAAUGACACAGGAAGAUACGAAAGUGACAAUAGUGGUCGUGACAGUGGUCGUGACAGUGGUCGUGAUAGCGGUCGUGAUAAUGGUGGCCGUAAUGGAGGUGGUCGUGAUAACGGUAGAGGACGCAGACCCAGCGACCGUACACCUCCUUCUGGCCCAAGUGGUGACAACGGAGGUAGAAGAAACCUACCAAAGGGCCCUAAGCGUGCCCCACCAUCAGGUCCUUCUAGUGGAAGAUCAAGAGGAGGCUACAAGCGUGGUGGAUACCACCCUUACGGAAAGAAGGGAAGGAAAUAA